AUGGAGGAUCAUGAGACGAUUAGUGCAUUCACACAAGUGGAGUACUUCUUUACUGGAACCGACAAUGGGCAUCUGUUCGCGGUUCCCCUGUUGCCCAUCCAUUUCUUGCGGGUGUUGGUGGAGCGCCACGGGAAACGGUUUCCAGGCCUUGUUUCCGAGUUGAAGCCUGCCCCGCAGCCGCCAACACCGGACAGCGUCCCUGCGCACUGCUGUGCCCGACGUUUAUUACACCGACACGCGCGGGAAGAACUGGUCCUGGCACUGGAUCAUAACGGCACUAUUGUUGCUUCGGCUUCGGCGGACCGAGCCGUGGCGAUGAGCUUUUUUCAUCCCGUGCCAACUCCCCUUGUGUGUAUUCCGCAUCCAAGGGCCCUGCGUUGUCUGAAACUCUGGGAAGGAGGUGUGUUUGUAAGCCGCAUGGAGUCAUCGGAUCAGGUGGCUCUGGACGCGGUGCACUCUGAUGAGGAGAAGUCGGCUCAGGACGUCUUUAGGCGGUCGUUGUGUUAUCAGGAGCGCGCUGCGAUUUACGUUUUCACGGGUGAUGAUGCCACCACAGUGCGCUUGUGGAGGGUAGAUGUCCUCAAAAAGGAAUACACCCUGCUUCAUGUGCUUGUGGCCAGUCCCAACCGGACCAGCGUGCACUCGUCUCUAGGCAUGGUGGACCGGGAAGACGUCAGCAAGCACAACACGACCCGUGAGUUUCGGUCCCCUAUUUAUUGUCUCGCAUUGGAUGGCGACUGCAGGCUCCUGGCAGGGACGGAUAGUGGCCUCUUUGCAUGGUCAAUUGAUAAGCUGAGCUGGAAACCGCUGUGCGGCGGCGAGGCCGAUCCGGAGGCGUCCUCCACACACCCGCUUUGCUGGGAUGUGAACACGUGUACCCCUUUGGUGCCGCUUCUUCUUGCAGAGCAGAAGCAGCCGCAGCGGGAUGUUCAUUCAGCGAUGCAGAAGGUGGAAAGCCCGGAUGAUGGAUUGCUUGCGGGUUCGAACCAUAACCACGGGAGGGCGCUACAGACCGUGCGUUCGCGCGCUUCGAGGCUGGCCAAUCACCACGUGUGGCUUCGUGAGGCGGAUUACAUGAAGCGGUAUCUUCUGGCCAGUGAGCAACACCACCAAUCCCAGCAACCCCAAAGCGGGGUCCGACCGCCUAGUCUGAAUAAAGCGGGUGAAUCCGUUCACGCUUCUAAUGGUGCCCAGAUGAGCAAAUGGAAGCCGAAGCAUGGCACCAAAGUUGCUGGAGGCGCAGCGGUCGGGGUUGUAUGCAACGAGGUCGCACUACGGCUUAACGGUGAAACCAAAUCGGUAGUGGAGCCCCUAGGGUCGCUGCUACACAACUCCGUAGUUACUGUGCGCUUCGAUGAAGGGGGGGAACUUAGCAAUGACCUCCGCGUGCCGCUGUGCUGUGUCGAGCCUGUUGUUUAUCCUCUGUGUUUUAUGAAGAUGCCGGGUAUGAGUUGUUUUGCACUUCUAGUCCUGCAGGUCAACAAUCGUAUUGUGUCUAGUGGACCGGAUGGUAAGUCCAUGGUUUGGAUGUGGAAACCGGAAACGGAAAUGUACGUUCCGGUGUUGGCCACUGACAGUAAUGCCCCUCCGUGCCAUCUCGGUCGCCACCUCUGUCGCCUGCGCGAGCCUGACAUUUUUGUCACCUGUGGCUACGACGACGGUCUUGUGAGGGAAUGGCACCUGUACGACAAGCCGGAGAUCCUCUUGCGAUGCGAGCGGCGAUUUACGCUGGAGAAAGGUCUAGUAACAGGUGACAAGGAUGACGCCAGUUGCGGAAGGCAAAGUGCGCAGAAAAUAAAUCCAAAAGAUGGUGCCUGUUACCAACGGAACGAGAAGGAUCUCUUUUGCGAGGGGAUUUCGUGUGCGAUUUCAUUCGAGCCGUUUGGAGCACUGUUUCUUAUCGGCAUCUUCGAAUCCACCAUUCGAUCAUUCAGUUUGGUUGAAGUUUCAGGUUGUGAAGUGCCAUCCAAUUAUAUCUAUAAUGGCUACAAAACGGUAAAGCUGCCCAAGCUAUUGGAUUAA